AUGGGGCAACAGUCGUUGAUCUACGCCUUCGUGGCGCGAGGCACGGUCGUUUUAGCCGAUUACACGGAGUUCACCGGCAACUUCACCAGCAUAGCUUCUCAAUGUCUCCAGAAACUUCCUGCUUCAAAUAACAAGUUCACUUACAACUGCGAUGGACACACUUUCAACUAUCUUGUCGAUAGCGGCUUCACUUAUUGUGUGGUUGCUAUUGAAUCUGUUGGCCGACAGGUUCCUAUGGCAUUUCUUGAGAAAAUUAAAGAGGAUUUUACCAAGAGAUAUGGUGGAGGAAAAGCUGCAGCUGCUCCUGCAAACAGCUUGAGCAAGGAGUUUGGGCCAAAACUGAAGGAGCAUAUGCAGUAUUGCAUUGAUCAUCCUGAGGAGCUUAGUAAGAUUGCCAAGGUGAAAGCUCAAGUUUCAGAAGUCAAAGGAGUUAUGAUGGAAAAUAUUGAGAAGGUUCUGGACCGUGGCGAGAAAAUUGAGCUUCUGGUGGAUAAAACAGAAAACCUUCGCUCCCAGGCACAAGAUUUCCGGCAGCAGGGAACCCAGAUGAGGAGAAAGAUGUGGUUUCAAAACAUGAAGAUAAAGCUGAUAGUUCUUGGAAUCCUGAUUGCUUUGAUUCUCAUCAUUGUACUGUCCGUUUGCCAUGGCUUCAAAUGCACUUGACGUAUUGUUUGUCAACUCUAUAUCCCACUGCCAUCUCAUAGAUCGCAAUUGCUGCAGUAACAAGUAAUGUAUGAUGCUUGUAGUGAAAGUUUUCCUCUUCUUCUUUUUUUUUUUGAGUUACAUGUGCUUAAAGAUCUAGCCUAUGUCAGAAGACUUUGUGCAUGUAGAAUAUAAGUUUGAAUUUUGGAUUCUUUUUGAAUAGUAUGUUGAUGUGUGGAUACAUGGUAUGUUGGGAAAUUGAAAAAAAAAUGUGUUUUAGGAAUAGAAGGAAGUAUUUUCUAGUUAUUCUA